GGUGGCGGGCUUGCAUGGAGCAUGACGUCAUCCGCAGCAGCCGCUAGCCUUUCUGCCAAAACAAAGAACAACGUCACUCGACGACAGUGUCGUCUUACAGGCGGAGUGGCCAAGGUCACAUAGCUUGUGUUUUUUUAUUUAUUUUUGCAGAGAGGGAGAGCGAGAGAAGAGGUCCGGAGGGCCGUCCGUCUGUGUGCGUUAAUGGCGGAUGGGGAAGCCGUAGAGUGGGAGACAGCAGUGAUGGAGCUCUGAAGCCGAAAAAGGAGGCAAUUUUCUUGGCUACGUUUUGCAUGUUGUCACAUCUUUUCUGAAUAUGGAUCCAGAGAAGACUUUGACGUUCUGUCUUGGGCUCAAGGCUGAGGAGAUGACAAUGUCCCUGAAGGGCUUGGAUGGUACCGAGGCUUCCACGGUAGCUGUUCCCCAAAAGGAAGCUGACCUACCCACGGUUUACAAGGUGGUGAAGCACCAUGGGAGCUCUGGUAGCCAGCCUGUAGUCAACCCCAAGUACUGUCCUGGUGUAAACAGCAAUGCAGGUUAUCUCUGUGUAACGGGACACUGUUGCGGAGAGACAGGCUGCUGUACCUACUAUUAUGAACUCUGGUGGUUCUGGCUGCUGUGGACGGUGUUGAUCCUUUUCAGCUGUUUCUGUGCUUACCGCCACCGCCGGGCCAAGCUGAGGAUCCAGCAGCAGCAGAGACAGAGAGAAAUCAAUCUUAUUGCGUAUAACGGAGCCUGCAACUACCCGUCCUCCAUGCUGGAUCUCAGCUUCCUGGCCUCCUUCAAGUUGCCGUCCUAUGAGGAGGUGGCGGCACAGCCCACCACGCCUCCACCACCUUACAGCUCGGUCUUCGCCCUGCAGGGAGGCGCCAUGCUGGGUCCAAGCUCCUCGUACCCGCAUCAUCACCACCCCCACCCGCUCCAAAAUCACCCCUGCCCCCCUUACCUGGGACCCGGCCCCAGCAGCUUCACCUCCUCCCAGAGCUCCGACAACUACACCAGCUGCUCCUGCGAGUCCUGCUCCUGCAGCACCUCCUUCUCCGUGCAGGUGACGGACGAGACGUAUGACAGCAGCCGCAUGUCCACGCCUAGCGAUGCAGGCGGGGACGGCGCCCUCCUGCCCAGGGUGGGGGGCACCCGCGAGUCGCCGCCUCCGUCGCAGGCUCCCCCGGAUGUUAUACCAGCAGUCACCCCAGAUGUCAUUCCCAGUCAUGCUUCCAACGGCAACGAGGGGCUGUCCCGCCCAGCUGCACCGCUCUCACUUCCUCUACGCCCCCUAAAUAACUUUCACCCACGCCACCCACUUUCACCCCUAAUUCUGCUUUCUUCCCUUCCUGCCGGUCAAGUCCAAAACAGCGUUUUAUCAGACCCCCUCAGCGCCACGCUCACGGCAAAAGAAAAAGUGCCAGAAAGCCCGGGCCCCUGUUCCGCCCUUCCCCCGGAUCUGUCGUCCACGGCGUGCCCUGUGGAGCAAAACUUCGCGGAUGAGGACGAAGAGGACGAGGAGGAGGAUCACUUCAGCCACCGACGCCUCACAGGGGAUUCCGGCAUUGAGGUGUGCCGCUGCCACGUGAAGCGGGGAGACCGAGAGGAGGAGGCGAUUAAGGAGAGGCGAGAGAGCAUGGAUAACUCACUUCGAGCCAAGGGGGCGGGUCUUUCGCCCACGCUUGACAACUGCGCCCAGCUGCACGACCGCGCCCCCUCCCCUAUGCCGUCCUCGUAGUCGCACGGGCCAAGAAAAGUAAUCGAUCCGGAAGAAAGCGAGGUGUUUAUUGUCAGCGUCAUCCUCAAGCAUCAAGGCUAGUAGGUGAAAAGUCACUGAAGUUUUAAGUCUUGGGGGGAUUUUGGGAGGCCAGUUGAAGGCCACCUAUGAUGUCCUCUCGUUGUCACCAUCGCUCAAAGGCGAAAGUUGGGGAGAAUGUCGAACCUGAUGGUCAUGACUUCAACCUCGCCAAGGAAGAUAGGUAUCGGUGGUUUGCAGGAUUACACAAAAAAAUGGUGAGCACCAUUGGAUUAUGGAGGUGAGAAUGUAGUAAAAUAGGUGCAUUUACAGAAUUGAUCUCCCGUCAUGACCAUUUUGAGUUGUCUCUCUCACAAAAUCCAAAUUGUACAGCCCCCUGCGCCCAGUUGAGUUCAGGACCAGUAUCAGUACUGUAAACACUCGUGCAGCCAGGCCACCUUUAGCGGGAGAUUCUCUUUGAAUGUUCUGAGCUCCUGUGUUGAUGCAGCCUACUGACGUCAUGUGCUUCUGUCGACGGCAGACUAAUUAGUGUCGCUUUGUGAUUGUUGGAUGAUCAUGGAAUUCUUAGCGAUUUGUUUACUGUGCUGACAUCCGUGGGUCGUUUUCAAACUUGUAAAAUCUGUAGAUUUUACAAUAAAAAGUGUGGCUGCACAGUUGGCAAAAUGUUACCGUUUUACACCAAAUUACUGUAAAUUGAAAAACGAUACAACUGUUAGUGUAGGGGUUUUUUUUCACCAUAAACGCUACAGACGUAUUUACAGUGUACCAUCAACGGAAAAAUUAUACAGAGGUUAUUUUCGCAGUAAAAUUCUGGCGAUUUAGCUCAGUUUACUGUAAAAUCUUGGAUAUUUUUUGGAUAUUGCAUGAUUCCCAAAAUGAAAAUUAAAAAAACUGGACCACUGUUAUUUUUGCUGUUUAUUUUUACAGAGUUGCUAGUUUUUGACCGUAAAAUAUACGUCUGUUUCUACAGCAAAUUACUGUAAAUGUUAUUUUUAACGGUAAAAUUCUUACAAUUGAGCUGACUUUUUCCAUAAAAUCUAUGGUUUUCUGUAAUGUUUUUUUGGUAAAAGCUAUGGUUUUCUGAUUUUACGGUGUCAAAUUUAUAGUUGUUGGGUUUUUUUUUGUUACAGUGCAUAAUUUCCCAAAAAACUAAAGAUACCACUUUAUUUUAAAAGUAAAAUUAUUGCGCCUGAGUUGCCAGUUUUUGUUUUUUUUACUGUAAAAGUUUGGCCUGCAUUUACAGUGACAGUAAAAUCUAGGGUAAAUUUUAUUUUGUAUUGCAUGAUUCCUGAAAUUAAAAUCAAAUAAAAACUGUUAUUACGGUAAAAUUCCGCCGUCUGAGCUGCUACAUUUUUACUGGAAAAUCUACAGCCAUAUUUCCAGUGCAUUACUGUAAAUGGAAAAACAUUAACACUGUUAUUCUUACCGUAAAAUUAUGGCAACUGAGCUGGAAGUUUUUUGAAGUAAAAUCUUUUUUUUUUUUUGGAGUGCAUAAUUCAUUGAAAAAACAACAAUACCCCUUCAUUUUUAUUCUGGCGUCUGAGCUGCCAGUUUUUUACCAUAAAAUCUACAGUCGUUGUUUGUGCAGUGCAUUACUGUAAAUGGAAAACCUACCAGAUUUAACGGUAAAACUGUGGCAUUAAAAGCUGCCAUUUUUUAAUGUAAAAUCUACAGCUGUUAUUACAGUACAAUUCAUUUUACGGUUAAAGUCCGGUGGCGGAGCUAGCAUUUUUUCCGUAGACUCUAUGGUUGUUGUUUUUUUUAACAGUGCAUAAUUAUAAAUUAAAAAAAAAAAAGAAAAUUAUACAAUUUUUAUUAUAACAGAAAAAUUCUGAAAACAGAGCUUGCUGUUUUUUUGCCGUGAAAUCUACGGUCAUUUUUACAGCGCAUUUUUGUAAAUAGAAAAACAGUACUGCUGUUAUUUUUACGGGAAAAAUAUCGCAACUGACCUGGCAAUUUCUUUCUGUAAAAUCUGUAGUUGUUGUUAAUUUAAAAAAAAUAAAGAAUAGCUUUUUAUUUUAGUAGUAAAUAUAUUUCAUCAGAGCUGCCUGUUGUUUUUUUUUUUUUACCGUAAAAUCUAAAGUAGGGUCUGGUUUUAUCAUUUUUUAACAUUGGAGCAUUCUGGGUUAACCGUGCGCUAAAAUGCCUCUUUAUCAAUUUUUAACAUCCUUUCCUCAAAAGAAAAAAAAAAAUUGUACCACCGUUAUUUUUACGGUAAAAUCUUUCAAAUUAUGCUGUUUUUUUACCGGAAAAUCUAUGGUCGAUUUUACAGUGCAUUACUAUAAAUGGAGAAAUGGUACAUACAACUUUAACUAAAAUUCUGGCAACAACUGCCAUUUGUUUUUCCCGUAAAAUGUACGGUCAUUUUUAUAGCUAAUUAUUGUAAAGGAAAACAACAUAUGACUGGUAUUUUUACGGUAAAAUUACGGCAACUGAACUGGCAAUUUCUUUCCGUAAAAUCAAUGGUUGUUUUUUUGCAGUGCAUAUAUCCUUAAAAAACAAAACAAUACCCCUUUAUUUUAACAGUAAAAUUCUGGCCUCUGACCUGAGAGUUAUUUUAAUGUAAAAUCUACAGUCAUUAUUUUUACAGUUUAUUACUGUAAAUGGUGUGAGCUUGCAGUUUUUGCCAUAAAAUCUAUUGCUGUUUUUUUUGUUUUUUUUACAGUGCAUUCCUUUGGAAAAAAAACUGUAAAAUUCUGGCGACUGAGCUGGCAAGUUUUUUAGCGUAAAAUCUACGGCCGUUGUUCUUACAGUGUUAUUGCAAAUGUUAAAACAUUACUUCUGUUAUUUUCAGACAGAGGUGUCAGUUUUUUUGCUGUAAAAUCUGUGGGUUUUUUUUACACUGCGUAAUUCCUUUAUGUGUUAGAAUGCUGUUAAGGGAGUAAAAGGUACAUGUAAUAUGUACAUUGUAACUUUGCUAAAAAAAAAACAACCUCUGAUUCUGAUUUGUUGUAUUUGUAUAUGUCAAACUUGUGCAAAGCUUUGUGUCGUGUUAACACAAUUCCGACUGUUAGGCGGUUAAGACUGUACAAUGAACAUAUACUCCCGUU